AUUUACUUCGCCUCUGUCUAGCCGUGGUCACAUGACACGUCGUAAAACAUGGCGGAUGAUGAGGAUCGCGAAGCGCUCCUACCCGAGGCUGCCGGGUCUCGAAAGAGAGACAUGGCAGCGAUCUGCGACCCCAGCCGAUUCGCCCACAGAAUGCUGGUUUUGGCUCUCAUGUGCUUCCUGGGAUUCGGGAGCUAUUUUUGCUAUGACAAUCCAGCAGCUCUGCAAACACAGGUUCAAGCAGACAUGAAGGUGAACACAGCAGACUUUAUGCAGUUAUAUGCAUUUUACUCUUGGCCCAAUGUUGUACUCUGUUUUUUUGGAGGAUUUCUGAUUGAUCGGGUCUUCGGAAUUCGGCUGGGCACCAUAAUAUUUAGUCUGUUUGUUUGUGCAGGACAGGUCAUAUUUGCUACUGGAGCUUUAGUUAAUUCUUUUUUGGUGAUGGAAGUUGGCCGAUUGGUGUUCGGAAUUGGUGGUGAGUCACUAGCUGUUGCACAAAAUACCUAUGCAGUCAGCUGGUUCAAAGGAAAAGAACUGAACCUGGUAUUUGGCCUGCAGCUUAGUAUGGCUAGAGUGGCCAAUGGUGCAAUAAGAAAUGUGAUCACUGCUACAUGUGAAGUUAUAAAGAUAACGGAUGUAAAGGAUUUUUCACUUUCGCUGUGGCUGAUCUUUAUCAUCUGUGUGUGUUACUAUGUUGCUGUGUUUCCUUUCAUUGGGCUGGGAAAGGUUUUCUUCAUUGAAAAAUUUCAGUUCUCCCCAUUACAAGCCGGUGCGAUAAACAGUGUGGUUUAUAUUAUCUCUGCACCGUUGUCUCCUGUUCUGGGAUUUAUGGUUGACCGACUUGGGAAGAACAUUAUCUGGGUUAUGUGUGCCGUGGUUGCUACACUUGCAUCUCAUCUCAUGCUGGCAUUUACCUUCUGGAACCCAUGGAUUGCUAUGAGUCUGCUGGGUGUCUCCUAUUCUCUUCUUGCUUGUGCUUUAUGGCCCAUGGUCGCUUUUGUUGUUCCAGAACACCAACUGGGUACAGCAUAUGGAUUCAUGCAGUCCAUUCAGAAUCUGGGGCUUGCUAUUAUUGCGAUUGUUGCUGGCGUCAUACUGGAUUCCAGGGGAUACUUGUUCCUGGAGGUUUUCUUCAGUGCUUGUCUCUGCAUGGCCAUUAUAGCAGUUGUUAUGCUGUAUUUUGUGAACCUUCUGAGAGGUGGUGAUCUGAAUUUAUCUGCUUGGGAAAGAGAAAAACUACAGAAACAAGCUGCUGUUGAGGCUGAGAAAGAGCAAAUGAAGCGCCGGAAUUCAGACUGGGCAAGAAUUCGUCCAAUGAGUGCUUUUGCAGUGCGGGUCAGGUAUCUUUCCAGGCUAGGAGCACAGCUUCCAGAACAUUACUGCAGUCACUUGUCAUCGCUGGCCCAUAGAAGUGUCCUGAAGUAGAGCACUUUCCCUGCGGAUUGCUUGUUCCUUCUCACAGAUCGACAGACUGUACAUGGAUUGCAAAGCUCUUUUCCAGUGGAUGUAAUUGUCCCUGUGUGCGAGGAUCUUUCUAGAUACUGACUGUUAGUAUGAAGAGAUUUUUUCCAAAGUCCCAUAAACGUGCCUCAUAAUUUUCAUUUUCUAAUUCAGAAUGACCAUGAUGAAUCCAUUUUGUUGUCAUAUAACCAUUUUUUUUAUAUAGCUA